ACACUACAAGAAAUAUUAGCAUUGAUAGCACAUGACGAUAGCGCAUUUUUCGUCACUGCUAUUAAAGAUGGUACUCAAAGUUCGGUAACUAUAUCAUAGCAUUUCAAAAAUGCUAAGACUAACAAUAGCAGAAUGAAAAACUAAAAUCACUUUGAACCGGCGCACUUAGCAAAAUUUUUACGUUUAGCGCUCCACCAAAUUAAAAAAAAAUCCAUUUGUUGCCAAACAAAACCUAAUUUUUCUCAUAUUUGCCUCAUUAUCUUCUCCUCAUACCUCUUCGUUCUCUUCGAGACCUUUAAUUUUUUAUAAAGUAACGCUCUCUCAUUUUUUUUUUGUCUCACCUUCAACCCUAAAUCCCCUUUCUCCAUCUCCAAAUAAACAACAGAUCUAAAAAAAACACAGAUCUUCCACUUAUCCAUACUUUGAAGAUCCUCUUCUCCUCAUCGUCUUUCUCCAUCUCCAAAUUGUCGCCGCGUCAUCAAUCUUCCAUAUCUGAGAACGACCGAUGGUACUAGAUCCGCCGGGGGUCAAAAUUUCUCCGAUUUGGUCUGGUUCGAGCUCAAGUAUCCUUCAUCCUGAAUUGGGUCCGUUGGUUUCUCCAUCUAUAGACUUGGCUGGUUUGUUGUGGUUCGAGCUAUGGCGAAGUCUCAAACAGAUCAGAGGAAUAAGAGAGGGAGAAAGAAAGAGUCUUGGUUUGAUGAAUCCUCUAAAAAAAAUUCGUUUCCAAAUCCUUCUUCUUCGUCAUCUCCGUGGGCAUUUGCGUUCCACAUUUUUUCUUGUUACUUCUUCAUGUCUAGCUUCUUGUUCUUCUUCGUAUUCAGACUUGAAGGUGCUAAAACGGUGAUGACGAGUGAAGAAGCGAGUGAUGGUAGAUGUAUCAAAGAUUGUCGCCAAAGCAAGAAGCUGCUUGUUCGCAUCAAGCAAACUCAAGUGAUUGAUUCAUCUAAGAUAUAUCUUCUUAUAAUUGAUGGGGUUGAGAACGAUGACGAGUCUAACGGGCAAAAAGAGUUUUAUCAUGACCAGGAGCUUAUAGUGUCAUUCGGGCUAUUCGAGAUUGAAGAGCAUGUUGGGAGUGAAGAAGAAUGUCAUUCAGGCUAUUCAAGAAGCUUGAAGAACUUGUUAGGAGUGAAGAACAUGAUUCCUAGUUGUAUAGUUAGUCUAAGACUUGGUUUGAUAUAA